AUGCUCCCUUCACCGGAACGCCGACCGGGUGGCAAGGUUCAACCCGAUCCGGAGGAUAUUCGUCGCACGCGUACCAACCGACAACUCCGACUACUCCAGCUCUCUACUCUCAGAGUGGGUGACCGGAGACUCUAUCUACUACUCCUGGAGGAACCUACGGACCUGGAGGGCCUAAUGGACCCGGAGGACCUAGCGGACCAGGGGGCCCGAAUCCUCCUGCGGGUUUCCCUCCCUCGUCGGGGGCGCUAUUUCAGGGAGGUAACGGUUCCCCCAGUGGAGAUUUUCAACAUAGUGGCCAGGCCCACACACAGAUGGUGGGGGUACGCGUCGUACGGAAUGCCGUCCCACAUCAAGAGUGCAGUCCGCAUGAUACAACCGUUCUAUUCGGACGUGUCUUUGGUGGAGAAGAAAAAGACUUUCUGGGAAGCAUUCGAACGGACCACGAAGGGAUUGAGCGAGCCCUUGAGGCUGAGUGCGUUCCGUGAGACGCGGUUCCACAACCAGUUCGUGUUUCAGACCCCCUUACAAAUGAUCGAGCGCCUUAAGACCACCAAGCGUUCCAAGGGCAUGUCAGCGGAAGUUUGGGGAGACCAAAUCUCCAGUCUCUGCGACGGCGCUCAGUACUUCAACCCUCAAAUGAGGUAUCAAUACUUUCUGUCGGGAUUGCGUAACUCAGAAAGGAAGGCAGAUCUGGCUACGACAAUGGCGAAUUCUAUUUCCGAAGCCGUAGCCGUCCUAAUUUACAAGAACAUGCAGCUGCCGGUCGAAGACGAGUCCGAAUUCGAGAAUGCCUUGCAGAAGGACGGUGGGUUCGCAAGAGCAAUGGUGAGGCAAGUGAUGGGAAUGGCGCAGCAGACUCAGAACCUGUUCAUGCAACAACUAUAA